CCGCCCCCUUUCCUGCCGCCGGAAGCUCGGCUGGGCUCGGCGCUGCUCCGGCCGGCGCUGGGCAGGGCUGGGACGGCUUCCACGGAAGGCGGGGGGACCCUGCCAUGGGGACGUAGCGGGCCGCAGAGCCAUGCGCGGCCCGGCGCUGCCCCGCAGCUCGCUGGGGACGGUUAUCCUAACAUUUGUCUGUGUGUUGACAAAGGAAUCUGUAGAAAUUGCUCCAGUGCCAUAUACACUGCAAGUCCAUCGGGUAGCUUUGGAUGGAAGAGACCCCUCUAACCCUUUGAGGAGAGAAAAGAGGCAGGUGCAGUGUCAACUGGGACAGUACCUACAUCCCAGAGAGACCCACUGCUGCAUGAGGUGCCAUGCAGGUACCUACAAGGCGAAAGACUGUGAUCGGCCUGACCAGGCACCUGUCUGUCUUCCGUGUGCUAAUGGCACAUUCACAGCUGUUGAUAACACCAUGUCUAAAUGCUUCCAGUGCACACAUUGCCGUACAGAAUUCCAGCAGAUAGUAGAGACCCCCUGCACCCCAAAGCAAGAUACUGUAUGCGGCUGUCGGAAGAAUCAGUAUCAGAUUGGCCCAUCUGAUCUCUUCCAGUGUAGGAACUGCAGCUUGUGUGUCAAUGGGAUUAUUGCCAACUGUUCAAAGAACAAAGACACAAUUUGCAGGUGUAAGCCUCGAUUCUUCUUGACACUUAGUAAUGUUUGCAAGCCUUGCAACAGCUGCAUUGGAGAAGAAUGCUUGCAGUGUCAUAGCCCAGUGACUACCUCACCGACUUCAUCUGGGCUGAAUGUGAGCCUUGUCCUUGGCAUCAUUGUUGCAAUAUUUGGAGUUAUCUCUGUCCUCUACAUUGUAAAUAAAGUAGUGAAGCUGGUCCAGGAAAAUGGGAUAGCGUCAUCUUUCUACUCCUGUGUUUCUUUGCCGCAGACAACCAAAGAGCCAGUAUCUGAGGCUGAGGUAAAAAGAAGUGAAGUCUCCAUCCUUGUUUCUGAGUCCCAGAAGGAAACAGAAUUGCUGGUGAAUGCAACACCACCACCUGCGCCUCUGCUGCAGAGUUCCCAUGAAUUACCAGACUGUGUCAGACCUGCCAGGAAGACGCAGCUUCCAGGCAACCCUGCUAUUCUCUACACUGUAGUCGAUCACGUACCACCAUCUCGGUGGAAAGAGUUUGUGAGGCGUCUGGGUCUGAGUGACUGUGAUCUAGAGCGAAUUGAGAUGGAACAUCGACGUUUACGAGAUGCCCAGUAUGAAAUGCUUAGACUGUGGAAACUGCAGAUGGGCCAUGCUGCAACUGUGGAGCGCAUCAGCUGUGUUCUUAACCACAUGGAGCUGAGUGGCUGCAGUGAAGCUGUUCAAGAGGCUUUGCUAAACCAGAACUCUCCUCAGCCUUGCAGCCUCCACAGCCAUCUUUAAUCUGUUCUGCUUUGGUUGCCCUGUUAAGAGAGAGGAUCAUAACUCCCUUUUCUGUCUUCCUUUUCCCGUAUCUCCCAAUCUUUCUAACACUCCUUAGCUGGGUUUGUUGGAGGUGGCAGCAGAUCAUGCUGGAGGAAGGCUGAGGCUUGCUUCUCAGCCACCAUGUAACUCAACACCGUUAAGCCAAGACAGACUUCUGCAACAACUCCUUUCCCAAGGUGGGAAAGCAUCUCAUAAAGUGAGGUGUGAACUCAGACCAAGAUGGAAACGGGAGCUCAGAGUGACUUGAUCAGCUGCUUGAUGGACAAAUUGUUGCUGAAACAGAUGCUCCACCCACCAUGUGCUGGGUAAACUUCUAGGAUGACUUGGUUAAGCUGGCUGUUUGGGUGGUAAAGUACUCGCUGACUUUUUGCAGAUCUGUUUUUCUGCAAGAUCAGACAGUUGAACUGGCUCACAUUGCAGCCCUGUGAUUGCUAAACCUGACUCAAGGGAAGUGGUGGGAGGAUGUGCCUCCUGCUGCGAGCGGGGGAAGAUUGCCCCCUUUUGGUAUCGGCUAGUUUCGCUGUGGCAAAAGAAUUAAGCGAUCCAGAAGUGGUGGCUCAUGAGAAACAACGGGAGGAUGUUACUCUUUCCACACCCCCAUUUCCCUCAAGUUCAAGAGGAAUAAGGAUUCCAGGCCAGUGAGUCAGAUGAGAGGGUUGGUGCUUUUUUUCUCAAACUUUUUUUUUCCCUGUAACUAGAAACCAUGUAAGAUAGCAUUAACAAAACACCUGCCUGCGUGUCUGUCCAAGUGCAGAGUGGGAAGGAAUGCGUGCGUGCAGCUCGGUGAGAAGGUACCUGUGUACCUGGUAGUGUGAGUGCCUCUGCAGACCUGUGCUUGCACACAGGUCAGGAGGCUUGUGUCUACUUGCUUAUCUAUCUCUAAACGAUUUGCUGAAUCUGAUCUGAUUGCAAAUGGGACUGUGUAUGUGUACAUAUAUAUAAAAAUACACAUAUAUAUGUGUAUCUUAGCAACUGUUGAAUAACUUCACACUACUACCUGGACUGCAUUCUGUGACUGCUACUUGAGUGUGAGAGCCAUUCAGUACUAUCUCCAGGUUCUCUCCAUCACUUUCUCACAGGUGUUACCCUGGGUGAAGCAGAAGUAGCAAAAAUCAAUUAGCCUGCAUCAGGUGCAGGUUGUCCACACAUUUGUAACGUGGAUGUUUUUCUUUAGUCUCAUCCCUUGACCACAGAGGAGCUUUCUAUUGUAAAUACACUAAAUGCUCUGAAUUAAAAUUCCUAUUUUUA